AUUGUUUCACCUUUUCGCGUCCCCAAAUCAAUUAAUCUGUAUCAAGAGAUGAUCUAUGAGAUGCCAUAUUGAUUCGGUUACUUUAAAUACUACUCUGACAUGUUAUACUGGCAUUUAUUUCUCAGGAGUUGAUCAUUUUCCUGAAUUGCUUUAUUCAUCAAGUUUCUACUAGAGAAUAUUCGAUCUUAUGGCUGUAAUUGCGCAUCUUAGGUUUCCGAGUAUUGGAAUUCAUAUCACUACCAUGAUGCUAUCAUAGUGGUUGAUAUCACUGAGAAAAUGUAUCUAGUCCAAGACAUUCCAUUGUCACUAGAUCUAAUUUUUCUGUUUCUUUUCUUCUUUCCAGAUGACUCGAAUUCUUUCGGUUAUAUGAUGACGAGUAGCUUAUUUUCGUGCGAGAUCCCUUCGCUCUCCGAUGCGGGGAACGGCCCUCUAACGAACAAAGCCAUUGCAUCAAGUGGCGUCGGCACUUAUUACCGGUCGAUAUUCUCUACAGUUGAGGGAAUCCGUUUGCCCGCUACGGUAAGUAAGGGCCCAAUACAAAUCAAAUCGGAUAAGUAGGAUAUCUACCCCGAUUAUUGUAGUUGUCGAAAUACCAUCAAUCAUAGUAAAGAACUAUUCUAAGAAAUACCAUAUCUGAACGGAACAGUUUUACCUCAAUAUGGACAGCUUCGAAUACAACGGAAAUCCUGCCCGAAUUGUUUUCGGAAGUGGUACUAUAAAAAAGGUACCGGAUGAGCUCGCGAGAGCAAAAGUGUCUAAGCCGUUUCUCCUUAGCACACCACAGCAAGUCGGACAUAUCGAUUUACUCGAAAGCGUUCUAGGAGAUGUCGUCGCCGGUGUAUUCACCGAGGCGACAAUGCAUACUCCUGUAGAGGUAACGGAAAAGGCACUCGAGCAAGUCAAAUCCUCUGGGGCCGACUCCAUUGUCUCCAUUGGCGGCGGAAGCACCGUCGGGUUGGGCAAAGCAUUAAGCAUUCGAACCGAUCUCUUCCACUUGACAAUCCCCACAACAUACGCUGGUAGCGAGGUGACACCAAUUGUGGGCGAGACAGAUGCAGGGAGAAAGACGACAAAGUCCGAUCCGAAGAUAUUGCCGAGUGCUGUCGUCUAUGAUGUUGACCUUACCAUGACCCUUCCGGUUGGGCUUUCAGCUACUAGUGGUGUUAAUGCUAUUGCGCAUGCUGUUGAAGCAUUAUACGCUCGCAAUACAAAUCCCAUCAUUAAUCUUUUCGCUCAAGAGGGAGUGAAAGCUCUCGCAAAUUCUCUUCCUACUUUGGUCUCAGACCCAUCUUCGCAGGAAGCACGGUCAUCCGCACUCUAUGGUGCAUGGCUAUGUGGAACUUGUCUCGGCAGCGUCGGGAUGUCAAUUCACCAUAAGCUUUGUCAUACUCUAGGAGGCAGCUUUAACCUUCCGCACUCUGAUACUCAUACUAUAGUCCUACCUCAUGCGCUUUCAUAUAAUGCCCCGAAUGUUCCCCAGGCGAUGAAGGCAUUGGCUGAGGCAUUGCCAGAAAGCGAAGGAGAUGCGACAAGAGGAUUGAAUAUUCUCCUGCAGAAGUUGAAAGUCGAAAGGGGGUUGAAAGCCUUGGGGAUGAAGGAAAGCGACAUCGACAAAGCAGCGGAUAUAGCCGUGAGCAACCCUUAUUGGAACCCUCGGCCUAUUGAAAGGGGGCCUAUAAGGGAGUUGAUCCGCCGAGCUUGGGCUGGUGAAGAUGCGAGAGCUGAUUUGUGAAAGGACAAAAAUCCAAAAACCAAUCAUAGUGUAUCCUAGAAAAGUAUUGGAGUUUUUCGAAAUCCAAUUGAAUUGUCCUCUUUGGCCGUCCUAGAAGCGGUAGUGCUCUAACGACACAAACGAGUUUACCCUACCCCUAACCCUUAACCUCGGCGUUACCUUUAACCCCAACCCCAACUUUGCAUCAACCCUAACCCUCGUGUAGGACAAUAGCGUCCUUUCUGUAGAACUGCUCUCACGAGUGGUUGGAACCACUGGUAUAGUGUCGCUAUUUAAAGAGAAUAUUAGGAAGG